ACCACACCAUCUUCCAAGGGCUUUAAUUUAGUCUGCAGGCUGGGUUCAGUGGAGUCGCUGGAGCUGCAGGUGUAGAGUGUCUGCAGGAAUAAUUCUGGAACAGAAUUCUCUCUUGUAAGCAGAUAAUCAAACAGGAAGCAAUGGGGGUUGAGAAAAUGGAAAUGGACAACAUAGACUCUACAUUAAUGGAGAAGGGAAGGAAACCACCUGCUUCUAAACCUGCAAACAAAUAUGAGAAGCUGUUUCAGCCCUGCCUGGCUGAAAUAGUGGGGACCAUGUUUUUUGUUUUCAUCGGCUGUGUGUCGGUAAUCGAGAAUGUGCCUUCAGCUGGACGGCUGCAGCCAGCGCUGGUACAUGGACUGGCAGUAGCAGUGAUGGUAGCUGCCAUGGAUAAGAUAAGUGGCUCCCAUUUCAACCCUCCCUUUACUAUUGCCAUUUACCUGUGUGGUGGCAUGAAGUCGAUGUUGGUGGUACCCUACUUAAUGAGCCAGCUCAUAGGAGGAGUGCUGGGUGCUGGAAUGGCCAAGAUGAUGACCCCUGCAGAGCGCUACAGGAACUCAACAGGAGCUGCAUUUGAUAUCCUAAAGGCAGAUAGUCAGCUGUCAGGGGCCAUCUUUGGGGAGGUGGCCAUGACCUGCUUGGUCACCAUGGUGGUGCUGCUGGUGGCGGUCAACAGCAAGACCAAAACCCCGUUGGCUCCUUUCCUUGUGGGCUGCACCGUCAUCAUUAACAUACUGGCAGGCGGUGACGUUUCAGGAACGUGUCUGAACCCUGCCCGAGCUUUCGGUCCGGCUGUAAUGGCUAACUAUUGGACCUACCACUGGGUCUACUGGGUGGGACCUUUAGGUGGGGGUCUGUUGGCCGCUGCUUUGCUCAGGCUCAUUCUCGGUGAUGAAGAGUUACGACUCGUUAUGAAGACAUAACAGCGUCAGUAUUGAGGUUUUUUUAUUAUCACCCUGGAUGUGUCAAUAACUCUGUAAACUAUCUAUGUUACAAAAGUGAAUGCAGUUGAUGUGUAGCCUAAGACGUCAUCACUUUGAUGAUUUUUUUUUUUUCUUAAAUGUGAACUUGCUGUUCGUUAUAAAAUAAAGAUGUUGACAUAUCAAA